AUGCUGAUAACAUUUUAUUUAGUAUACAUUGUGAUGAGUUCUUGCUGCGGUAACGAAUUGUUAUUUAAUUCAGCAAUAAGCGAAGUAGUGUCCAAUAAUUUUGAGUUAAUUGCAAAUUUAAUACAGAACGAAUUCAGUGCAUGUGUUAUUAUCGUUGCUCUUGGUCUGGGUAGUGCUGCAUUAGUCGUAAUCACCCUGCGGAUUAGAGGAACGAUUCCAAUUACGUGCUAA